AUGAAGGGACUUAUUCUUGUCGGCGGCUUCGGCACUCGCCUUCGCCCUCUCACUUUGACUCUCCCCAAGCCCCUUGUCGAGUUCGGUAACAAGCCCAUGAUUGUGCAUCAAAUUGAGGCGCUGGUCGCAGCUGGUGUUACCGAUAUCGUUCUCGCUGUCAACUACCGACCUGAGAUCAUGGAGAAGUUCCUGGCCGAGUACGAGGAGAAGUACAACAUCAACAUCGAGUUCUCCGUCGAGACUGAGCCCCUCGACACUGCUGGCCCCCUGAAGCUUGCUGAGAGCAUUCUCGCUAAGGACGACUCUCCUUUCUUCGUCCUCAACUCCGAUGUCAUCUGCGACUACCCCUUCCAAGACCUCCUGGCUUUCCACAAGAACCACGGCAACGAGGGUACCAUUGUCGUCACCAAGGUCGAGGAGCCUUCCAAGUAUGGUGUCGUUGUCCACCAGCCUGGCCACCGUUCCCUGAUCGACCGAUUCGUUGAGAAGCCCGUCGAGUUCGUCGGUAACCGUAUCAACGCCGGCAUGUACAUCUUCAACACCUCUAUCCUCGACCGUAUCGAGCUCCGCCCGACUUCGAUCGAGAAGGAGACCUUCCCCGCUAUGGUCAAGGACAACCAGCUCCACUCAUUCGACCUGGAGGGUUUCUGGAUGGACGUUGGUCAGCCCAAGGAUUUCCUCAGUGGAACCUGCCUGUACCUCUCUCAUCUCACCAAGACGGGCAGCAAGGAUCUCACUCCCGCCUCGGAGUCUUACGUCCACGGCGGAAACGUCUUGAUCCACCCCUCAGCCAAGAUUGGCAAGAACUGCAGAAUCGGUCCCAACGUUACCAUUGGACCUGAUGUCGUUAUUGGAGAUGGUGUUCGUCUGCAGCGAUGUGUGUUGCUCCGUGGCUCCAAGGUCAAGGACCAUGCUUGGGUCAAGUCCACCAUCGUUGGCUGGAACAGCACUGUCGGCCGAUGGGCCCGCCUUGAGAACGUAACAGUUCUCGGAGACGAUGUCACUAUUGGGGACGAGAUCUACGUCAACGGUGGCAGCGUUCUCCCCCACAAGUCCAUCAAGGCUAACGUCGACAUCCCCGCCAUUAUCAUGUAA